AUGCUGGGGCUGCUUUGCUGCCUGCUGCAGAUGGGCAGCGCCGCCGUCCUGGUGUCUGCAGGCACCCGAUUUGGGGAGGAGGGCGGUGGUGGUCCGGGCCGCUCUCCGUGGGACGGAGGUGACCGGGAGAAAGAAGCGGCGGCCGCGGCCCUCCGGGAAAGUGCUAAAAGAAUUAGAUUAAUGAAUUCCUCAUCAAAAGAUAAUGCGACUGCUUUCUAUGGAAUAAAUCAGUUUUCUCACCUGCUUCCUGAAGAGUUCAAAGCUAUUUACUUAAGAAGCAUACCUCACAAACUUCCCAGAUACAUAAAAGCGCCAAGGAGAAAUGAAAAACCUUUGCCAAAGAAGUUUGAUUGGAGGGACAAGAAAGUCAUUGCAGAAGUGAGAAAUCAGCAAACAUGUGGAGGCUGUUGGGCUUUCAGCAUUGUGGGUGGUAUAGAGUCUGCCUAUGCAAUUAAAGGAAAUAACCUGGAAGAACUCAGCGUGCAGCAGGUUAUUGACUGUUCAUACAAUAAUUAUGGCUGCAGCGGAGGAUCCAUUGUUAGUGCCUUGAGCUGGCUGAACCAGACAAAAGUAAAACUCGUGAGAGAAUCAGAAUACACUUUUAAAGCUCAGACAGGACUGUGCCAUUAUUUUGGUCACUCAGAUUUUGGAGUUUCAAUAACAGGAUUUGCUGCAUAUGACUUCAGCGGUCAAGAGGAAGAAAUGAUGAGGGUGCUUGUUAAUUGGGGCCCUUUGGCAGUAACAGUAGAUGCGGUUAGCUGGCAGGAUUAUCUUGGUGGGAUCAUACAAUAUCACUGCUCCAGUGGAAGAGCCAAUCAUGCUGUACUUAUCACUGGUUUUGACAGAACAGGCAGUAUCCCUUACUGGAUUGUACAGAACUCUUGGGGGCCUGCCUGGGGAAUAGAUGGCUAUGUUCAUGUUAAGAUAGGCAGCAAUGUCUGUGGUAUUGCAGAUACAGUUUCAUCAGUAUUUGUUUGA